ACAACACCACGCGCGCUUGUCUAGUUGUGAAAUCUGUUCGCUUGCGUUUAGUUUCGACCAAAGUUGAAUGCGUUGAAUGCGCUGAGUGCGGGCGGUAGCGGCAACGAGAUAACGAGACAGCGAGACAAACAGCGACAACAAAAGGAUAUACCCGAUAUAUGUACACCCGGGAUACACCAGCAUACAUCAAGCGCGUCACGAGCGAAAAUUGCAUCUAUCGCAAGCAAAACAGCUGAGCGCUGAGCCCAAGAUCCAAGAGCUCAUCGGAGCGACGGCUUGACACAAUCCUCACACACCGACAGACACCGACAGACGCACACAGACGCACAUACCCAUACUGCAGUGGCACUAGCGAAAGCGGGAGCCAGCUUUUGAGAACGGUACGGUGCGAAAAGAAGAAGCUCCGCUUGGCUCUGGGGCCCCAGAGCUUGGCUUGGGCUUACGUACCCCCAAGUACCCUACGGACACGCAGAUAAAGGAGCACAAAACGCUUCCACAGCGUAACGUAACGCAACGCAACGCUACGCAAAGAUAAGCGCCAAACGUGAAACGGUAAACAGUUCCCCACAUGUGUGUGUGUGUAUGUGUGAUGUGAUGUGCACUCGGUGACCGCUCAACCGCUCAACUGCUUAACCGAUUCGAUUCACCCCCGCCCGCUGGUUGUCCCGUCUGACUACCUGCCUACCUGCCUGGCUUGGCGGUGGUAAUCCAAUUACAGUUCCGUGAGACCCCCACAAACAAGUGCCGAACCAAACCGAACCGAACCGCUAACUGAAUUUACCGUUGCGCGUGUUUCUGGCACCGACGGCAAACGUGUGGGUCCUACCCGUGGAUCCCACCCGACAGCGGAACCGACGCAUUGUAUGCAACAUUUUUUUCCUGUGCUGUUUUUUUCUCAGUUUCAAUCCGCGUCACACGAAAGCAGAGAAACUACCGCCCAACAAAAUAAAAGCCAACGAAAGCUAAGCUAAAUAUUCUCGAGUGCAGUGCUGAAGAAUCCAGAGAAUCGAAUAAGAAUCAGAAUAAGAAUAAGAAUCAGAAUCAAAUUAUAAAGAAAAUCGAGAGCGCCGAGAGAGGGAGCGCGUUGAGAGAUUUAGUGCAUUUGAUAUAGUUGAUCCUGCAUGCAGGACACGCGUUAAAAUCGUCCAAGUAAGUGCUUCAAGAUUUACUCGCCAACAACAUUCGACGCCUCAAGGGCGUUCAAGCUGGAGGAGGAUUUCGUCGGCGGCUGCAUGACAAUGUCGAUGUACUCGACAACGGAUAAAAUGAAAAUGUCAGCGCCCAGUUGUUUUCCAGGACGCUACAGUCCCUCCUAUCGAAGUUCGGAGCAAAUGCGGCGCUGCAUGCCAAAUCCAUCUAGUCGGUUAUUAGAAGAUGCUUCCCUAUUAUGCAAUUCGUGGUCAGCACGUCAGAACGGUGAUAUCUUCGCGGGCAUCAACGAUGGCAUUCUCAGCAGAGCGGAGGCCCUGGCCGCCGUCGAUAUCCAGAAACAUCAAGCCCAGCAUGUACAUAGCCAAAUGCCCUCCCAAAUCAAGCACGAUGUGAUGUACCAUCACCACACAAUGAGUGGGCCCCCGCAACGUCCAUUACAGAAUUCGUUUUGCUCUUUGCAACAGAUGCACCAUUCAAUGGAUCAACUGGAUAUGCUGGAUCCGACGGGACAAAUGACAACAUUAGCGCCCAUAUCGGAGUCACCAUUAACGCCCACACACCAGCACCUGCACGGUUCCUAUCACAGUAUGAAUCACAUGAUGAGCCACCACCAUCCGGGCACGUUAAGUGGCCACACGGGGGGACACCAUGGACACUCAGCGGUACAUCAUCCUGUUAUAACGGCGGCGGUGGCUGCCGCUGGCCUGCAUCCCGACACCGACACCGAUCCCCGAGAGCUGGAAGCGUUUGCGGAGCGCUUCAAGCAGCGGCGCAUAAAGCUAGGUGUCACGCAAGCCGAUGUGGGCAAGGCCCUGGCCAAUCUCAAGUUACCUGGCGUCGGUGCGCUGUCGCAAAGCACAAUCUGUCGGUUCGAGAGCCUGACGCUAUCGCACAACAACAUGAUCGCCCUCAAGCCCAUACUGCAGGCGUGGCUGGAGGAGGCCGAGGCGCAGGCGAAAAACAAGCGACGCGAUCCGGAUGCGCCCAGUGUGCUGCCGGCGGGCGAAAAGAAAAGAAAAAGGACUUCCAUUGCGGCACCUGAAAAGCGUUCCCUGGAAGCCUACUUUGCCGUCCAGCCGAGGCCAUCCGGUGAGAAAAUCGCGGCCAUCGCCGAAAAGCUGGACUUGAAGAAAAACGUGGUGCGUGUCUGGUUCUGCAAUCAACGCCAAAAACAAAAACGUAUAGUUAGUAGUGUAACACCAUCAAUGACUGGCCACGGUUCGGCGGGAUUCGGAUACUGAUAGUCGUUUAUGACGGCAGCGGCGGCGGUUAACACGGCAGCAGCAGCGGCAGCAGCAGCAGCAGCGGCGGCGGCAGCAUCAGCGGCAACAACAACACAAUCAUCAUCAUCAUCAUCAGCAGCAGCAGCAGCAGCGGCGGCGGCGGCGGCAGCGACAGCGACAUCGGCAGCAACAUCUCUGUCCAUGACGGGCGACUAUUACCUUUAGGGGAUUCAUCAGAUAAAGAUUUACAGAAGCGAUCCGAAACGAUGUGAUGUGAUACGAUGAUGAGUUUUAAGCAGUUACCUAACCAACCAUAGUGAUGAUGAUCUGAUGAUGAUGUUGAUGCACGAGAUGCCACGAUGAUGAUGAUGAUCAGCAGCAGCAAACGAUUCUUUCUUCACUUCUCAUUAAUCAAACAACAACAACCAAAGCAACAGCAACAGCAACAGCAACAAGAAAUUAAAACUUAUAAAUAGCAGCAUACACAACUAUCAACAUUUAUCCAAUCUUCCCCCGUAAACCAUCACCCUCCCUCCCCAAUCCCACCUCCCACUCCACUUCCCUCUACCCAACAAAAAUUAACAAACAAAUUGCAAAAAUA